AUGGUGACGAUCCGCGCACGAGACAAGGCGACGGGCAAGGACCUGAUCAUCACCGUGCCGCGCGGCGCGAGCAUGGACGAGGUCAUGGCGGCCUACACGGCCAAGUUUAACGCGCAGGAGGGCAAGUCGCUGGCGCGCGACGAGUUCCGCUUCGUGAGCAACGGCGCCACGGUCGGCGGCGGUGACCGCGUCGAGGACCUGCCGGCGUCGCACGCGGCCUACGGCGGCGACGGCGCGCGCGCGGCGGGCGGCGCCGCCAGCGACGACGACGACGACGACGACGACGACGCUGACGCCCCUGACGCGUUCGGCUGCGGCGGCGUGAGCUGCCAGGCGGGCGACGCCGCGGACGCGGGCUGCGCCGUCAUGUGAUCCCCCUGUGCCCGUCUACGUAACCAUCAAUCUAGUUUUAGGCUCAGGCUCAGGCUAGUUACGUCGCAGGGUUCCCCGCACCCCUCCCGCUCCCCCCGGGCCCACCCGUCCGGCUGGACUAGGACGCAAGGGCUGAGUCACAAUCUAUUGUUACGGUGCUAGGACUAGUGGGCGGAGCCCCUGGGGGGGACACCGCGCGUCGCCGAUUCAUCGGCGGCGGGCGCGGGCCGCUUCUUUCAUAACAGAAACAGCGUACCUCCUAAGCAGAACCGCCUCGAGCGGCAAACCCCCCGAACAAUGUGCAACGUUCGCCCGUUCAAUCAACUUGUCCCGCGACGCCCCGCAGCGACCUUGGACCGCGGCGACGCGUUCGGCACCGUACACUCCAACAAAGCCAGUAGACACUCGGCCCGACCCUGAGUCAGGGAUUUUAGGCUAGUGCCUUACAGGCCGCUAGCUCAAGCCGCGGCAUCGCUGCCGACUCGCGCGAACUAGUUCUGGCCAUUGCACGCUCUUCGUGGUCGCUUUUAGCCGCACAAGCGCUGAAUCGUACAGAGACGCCUUUGCUUUCCUACCUCGCCCGCCGCCCGCGCCGCGGAUGGCCGCGAUGGUCGACGACGCGCCGGCGGCGGCGCCGCCGGCCUACGACGACCUCGGCCUGGGCGACGACGACGACGACGAGGACCUCGAGCGGCUGGGCCUGCGCGACGCCGCGCCCGCGCCCGCCGCGCCGGCGGCCGGCGACGGCGCGCCGCCGCCGAACCAGGUGACGCGCGACGCGCGCGACCCCGACCGGCGCUUCUGCCCCCAGUGCGGCAACACGUGGCAGCCGCGCGAGUCGCGGGCCGACCAGACGCUACUGCUGCACUGCCGCAACUGCGGGUACGCCGAGCCGGCGCACUCGCCGGUCGUCUACGAGAACCGCAUCAAGAAGGAGGUCUCCACGCGCCUCGACACCAUCAACCCCGAGGUGACGCAGGACCCGACGCUGCAGCGCAUGCGCGGCGCGCGCUGCGAGAGCUGCGGCCACGACGAGGCCGUGCUCUUCCAGGCCGAGUCCGGCGCCUUCGCGGCGUCGCUGAGCCUCAUCUUCGUGUGCUGCGGCUGCGGGUACAAGUGGGUCGGGUGA